UGCUAAGUUUGAUCGCAAGGUGGAGGCACGGUAUACGUUUUGUCUGCACAAAGUACUGUCAAAGAUGAACAUUCGUUCCGUAAAAUCGCGUUGGAUUCCGAGUGAAGGACUGGUAAUAAAAGCAGCACGGUAGAUUCGCGAAGAGUACGAUGCACCGAACGGAUAAGAGGCGUUUCUCCCUCUGAUGAAAAACAGUCGAUAUUGACAGCUCACGCCCCGAUCCAGGAUAACCUCUCGGCCCGAUCGACAAGAGUGACAACUCUUGCCACGUCCAAACUAGACGAUUAUCAGAAACGCAACGAAAGUAUGGCGUGUCUUUUAUUGAAUCAGGAGAACGUGCACAUAAAAAUACCCUCGGCUGACACCGUUGACGGUGUUACAUAUUAUUGCAUCGAGGUUAGGAUUGCUUCGAUCAAGUGGACCGUAAAGCACAGGUACAAUGAUUUUGCUGAACUUCACGACAAGCUUGUUUCUGAGAACUAUGUUAAAAAAGAUAUAUUACCGCCAAAGAAACUCAUCGGCAAUAAAUGCGAAGCUUUUGUAGAAAAACGUAGGCAAAGUCUAGAGAUCUACUUGAACAUAGUUUAUAAUUAUUUAAAGAAAGCAAUGCCCAGAGAAUUGGCUGUAUUUCUAGAUAUGCACAUAUACGAUAUAUUUUUCCUACUACAGAGCAUGGCUUUGGAAUUUUUCACAGAAGGUGACUCUUUGUUACAAAAGUCCAAGAGUUACAAAUUCAAUCCAGUACAGCUGUAUGCGAUCAGUGAAAGAUUAAAGCAGCCUUGUCCACCGUUAGAAGUUGUUGACAAAAAGUAUGAUUUUAGUCAUGUUUUGGAUUUCAAUUCUCAUUUAUCUGGCCUGGUGAUCGAAGGAAGUUCAGACCCUUACAGGACCAGCAACAUUUAUACAUCUGCUCUCUCAAUCGACUUGUCAACUUUUAAGAACAUAGAGGAUCUGACAAUUAAUUGUUAUCCGGUGGAUAAAAUAUACCACAUGGGCAAUCUCCGAGAUACCGUAAAAUAUUUAAAAGUGAACAACACGAAGCUCAGAAACAUCGUCGAGUUGGCGAUGUGCGAAGAGGUGCACAAGAACAUCGAGAACGCGAACGACUCUCACGUUUGGUUGGAAGUUACCCACCUGGACCUUAGCGAUAACCGAAUAGAAACUAUAGACGAAGCCAUCAAACUAUUACCGCACAUAGAAUGCCUCACGUUAAACAAUAAUUUACUGUCGGAAAUUUCCAACGUCACCCUGCUACCGAGAUUGUCUCAGUUAUACCUGGCGUCUAACAAUUUCACAACUUUGCCGGAUAAUCUGCAUACGAAAUUAGGCUAUAUCGUCUACAUCGAUCUUUCCCAGAACAAGUUAACUACCCUGGCAAGUUUCUCGAAAUUGUAUUCGUUGGAAGGAUUGGACGUGAGUUGCAAUCGUAUAGAGAAAAUCGAGGAAGUGAAAAACAUCGGGCAUCUUCCUUGCUUGGAAUAUUUAAGAUUGACCGGUAAUCCCGUGUCGACCAUAGUCGAUUAUAGAGUGAAAGUAUUGGAACCGUUUGGAAAGAGAGCCGCGGAUAUUUGCUUAGAUAAUGAGAAACCAAAUCAGAAGGAAUUGGACACAGUUUCCGUUCAUCAAGCGCUACGUAUAGCGAAAGAGGGUAAAUCACCUACGUUCACUGCAUCCGACGCGCCUUUAUUCUCUGCAGAAAUUCCAAGUAUAUAGAAACAGCGUCUAAAUUAUAUUUUUAUCGCAGACAAUAGGUUUCUUAAGUGGAAGAAUACUUUGAUAUGAAUUUAUACAAUCUAUCCAAAUUUUAUCUAUUUCCUUGUCCUUGAAAUGAUAUUGCUCUGAAAAUUUGAUCAGUUUAUAAGAGUAUGAAUGAGCCAGGGUAGCCUUGUAAGUAAAAUUCAAUUGCUACUUGAAACGAUGGACAUUCAAGAUCAACGUGUAAUCUCGCCUUAUAUAGUCUUUUUUAUACGGUAUUUAUUGUCGUGUUGGUGCUUUUUAUCACCUUUUGACACAAACGAUAUCCUAAUCAGUAUAAUGUAUACCAAAAGAAAAUAGUUUAAGCCUAGAUUUGCCUGAUUGGUAUUUAUGGUAGUUACACCCAAAUAUUAGAACAAUUAAUAGACACGGGAUAAUCGUUCUCUGUUCGAGGAUAAUGCGUGCCACCUACAUGUAUAAAAGAAAGAAAAUGAAAAAGAACAAACAAGAUUUGUGAGAUCCUGCUGUGUACAUAAUUACUUUUAAAUUGUACAUUAUGUGUUACCAUCAUAUAUUUUUUAUACGAACACGAGAUGUAAAACAAAUCAAUCAGAUUUGAACGAUGGUGUAUUUAUUUGUAAAUUAUAUCAGGGAGAACUUGAUUUUUAUGCAAGCAACGCAGUGAUUCUCAAAGUUAGCUCGAAUAAAGUCUCAAUUUUAUGUUAUAUUUAUUGAGAAUCACCGCAACUAUGAAUUGUAAAUGAAACUUAUUUAUUGUCGUGCAUUUAUAAAUAUAUAUGUAUGUAUAUGAAAUAAUGCAUGUCGUAUGUUUGUCAAUGGUAUAUAGUGAAAAAUGUGGAUCAAUCAAAUCUCUUAUAUUUUUAUUCAGUGCAAUCAAUUUCGAAUGUCUAUCACCGACAUAUGUUAUUUAUUGGAUAAAUGUUUAAUGCGAUGUUAUUUUGAAGAAUGUAAUCACGUUUCGUGUAUAACGAUUUUAUAGUGAUUUAACUGAAAACUAUUAGUGUAUAUAAGAUGAUGAGAAAUAUUUUGUUAAUAAAGAAUUCUAAAUCAAUAAACUGUGAUAACAUGUAGAAAUGAUUUUUGUUAAUUUUGUUAUUUAUCAUUGACAUUUUGUAGGUCAUUGAAAAAUACCAAGGAAAAACCGAUCUUUUAUAGUUUAUUUUUAUUUAAACUUCCACAUUGUUUCGCAUUACCUUUUUAAACAUACGUAUCUCGACAAUAGUAAAAUAUUCAUAAAUAAUAAUUAUCAUGAUAAUAAUUAUUACAAUAUGCUCACAUACUCUAAGCAUUCACGUGUUAUAGUCUUUUAAUGUAGUACACCUAAAACUAACACAUACAUAAAUUACCGUUUUACAGAAAGGAUAUAUAUUUUUUUUUUAUUCGUAUUUUUCACGAAACAACAUCAAAGGCAAUGCGUGUUUCUGGAAAAAAUUUUUGUCAUGUUUGAAAAAAAGAAAAGUACCGAAGCUGGUCAUACGAAAAAAAAAAGGAAAAUUAUUUAUCAAAUAUCUUUGAUUCUUUACGAUUUUCACGACGUCCAAGCGCCGCUGUUAUGUCUUAAGAUUAUAAUCUUCAUAUAUAUGUGUAUAUAUAUAUAUAUAUUUGUAUAUUUCGUCGACCAUAAAUUCUGGCCAAAACGAUGGUAAAAACACGUGUAUCUCAAAGAAGUAUCAAAGCGACAAAGCUAAUCGAAAAAGAAAAACUCUGCAUAUCAAAUAGUUAUAUAUUAAUUUUUAUACAAAAUUAGGCGUCUCUUAGAACAACCUGCCAGCAUUCGAAUAAACGAUUAAUUUGUGAACUUCAAAAUUCAUUAACCCUUUUCUUAUUCGAUCUAGAUUCUAGAACGUUUAUUCGUUCGUUUCCGCUGGAGUUGAAUUUCUCAAAAAGAAUAAAAGAAUUCUUGUUGUUUUCGAUGUACUUUCUUUUUCAGCAUCUUGUACUAUGCAAAGUCACGAGAAAGAAAAAAUUGGUCGAAAGAAUUCUAAAGAACAUUUCUCUUCGUUGAACGCGCUGUGAACCUAGUCUUUGUUUUUAUUUUUAUUUUACGUCUCAAAUAAUUUCUUUUCAAACAGGAAGCGAUUGAUCAUCGCGAAUUCGGAAGAAAAAGAAAUUGAGAAUAACUAGAAAUUCACAGCGAUAAAGGAUUUAAUAAAAAGAAAAAUAAAGAAUGAACUUACGGGAAUUGAUGGGAAAGAGCAGGAAAGAGCGAUCCGGAGGGCACACGAAUGAUGGAGUAUCGAAGGAGAUUUCAAGGAAAUUGUUCUCGUGUAUUUUGUUGGGAUUU